ACCAGAGGCGCCUGCAUGGAAACUGGAUUUCAUACAGACGAACAGUUCCGAACAGGAUAUGGCUAAAUAUUUACUCGGCACGGGGCCAAAAUCCAUGCAUUUGGCUUUUUAAAAUAUAAAACGUAAAUGUUCGUGAACAUUUAUGCAUCUAAAGCAGGGUUUCUUUGUCUCAUUUGGGGCAAACGAAGUCAAUAGCGAGCUCACAAACGUGUUGGUGUAUGAGUGCGGUUGCAGAAGCUUGAGGUGAGGAGGGACUGCUGGAAUUGUAAACAAGAGACACAUGAACAAAAGUUUUGAAGAUGCUUUUUAAUAUAUCGUUUGUUUUUAUUCUUGGACUUUUGGGAGCGGUGAACAGUCAGUAUGGCGAGCGGGGAAUGUCCAUCCCCGAGCACGGCUUCUGCCAACCAAUUUCAAUCCCACUCUGUACGGAUAUUGCUUACAACGAGACGAUUAUGCCGAAUUUACUUGGACAUACUAACCAGGAGGACGCGGGGCUGGAAGUGCACCAGUUUUACCCGCUAGUAAAAGUGCAGUGCUCCCCUGAUCUCAAGUUUUUCCUGUGCUCCAUGUAUGCCCCUGUGUGUACGGUGCUCGAACAAGCCCUGCCUCCGUGUAGGUCGCUGUGUGAGAGAGCGAGGCAAGGUUGCGAGGCACUGAUGAACAAAUUUGGGUUCCAGUGGCCGGACAGUCUUGCUUGUGAAUCUUUCCCCGUUCACGGAGCUGGCGAGCUGUGUGUGGGACAGAACAUGUCUGACAGUGCGCCAAUGAAACCCACCCUGGAUGUAACAGAAGCGCCUCACGGCCAUAGGACCGUAAAGGACGAAUUUAAAUGCCCAAUUUCCUUGCGGGUGCCCCCGUAUUUAAACUAUCAUUUCAUGGGGGAUGAUGAUUGUGGAGCGCCUUGUGAACCGUCGAAACCGUAUGGACUGAUGUACUUCAACGAGGAAGAGUUGAAAUUCGCCAGGAUUUGGAUCGGCAUAUGGUCAGUGUUGUGUUGCGCAUCCACCUUGUUCACAGUUUUGACAUACUUGGUGGACAUGAAGAGAUUCAGUUAUCCUGAGAGACCCAUUAUCUUCCUCUCUGGCUGCUACACUAUGGUUUCCAUGGCAUACAUAGCUGGUUUCUUGCUCGAGGAUAAGGUGGUUUGCAACGACAGAUUUGACAGUGACCUAAGGACAGUUGUCCAAGGUACUAAAAAGGAAGGAUGCACCAUUUUGUUUAUGAUAUUAUACUUUUUCAGCAUGGCGAGCUCUGUCUGGUGGGUCAUUCUGGCACUGACCUGGUUCUUGUCUGCUGGUAUGAAAUGGGGGCAUGAGGCUAUCGAGGCAAACUCACAGUAUUUCCACCUGGCAGCGUGGGCGGUGCCUGCUGUCAAAACCAUCACCAUCCUAGCGGUGGGCCAGGUGGACGGGGAUGUGUUGAGUGGCGUGUGCUUUGUGGGCAUCAACAGUGUGGGGGCUCUGAGAGGAUUUGUCCUGGCGCCUCUUUUCAUCUACCUUUUCCUUGGCACCUCUUUCCUCCUGGCCGGCUUUGUCUCUCUCUUCCGGAUCCGAACUAUCAUGAAGCACGACGGAACCAAAACCGAAAAGCUCGAGAAGCUUAUGGUCCGCAUCGGAAUUUUCAGCGUUCUCUACACCGUUCCAGCCACUAUCGUCAUCGCUUGUUAUUUUUACGAGCAGGCAUUUAGGGAACAGUGGGAGAAGAGUUGGGUUAGUCGGACUUGUAAGAACUACGCUGUCCCUUGCCCAGCUCACCACCAUCCUCAGACGUCCCCAGACUUCACCGUGUUCAUGAUCAAGUACUUGAUGACUCUGAUCGUGGGCAUCACUUCUGGGUUCUGGAUCUGGUCGAGCAAAACCCUUAACUCCUGGAGGAGAUUCUACACAAGACUCGCGAGCACUAAACAUGGUGACACAACAGUGUGAGACAAUGUUACACAAAUGCUCACACACUGAGAAGCAGCCAGUGGAAAAAGUGACAAACGCACACACCCAUCACAAAAACUGGAGUAGUCAAGUGAGACACACACACACACACACAGACUAUUUGUAUUGCAGUCAAUACAUUCUGUCAAAAACUCAGUCUGUCUUCAUGUGAAAUUGCCAUUGUCAUUGAUUCAGAAAUGUUCCAUUUUGGGUGACUUACUACUGUGUGUGAAGUUGGCAAAUCCUCAUUGAUAAAAAUGUCAAUGGUAUUAAGCUCAAGUCCAUUGCCUUAAGGCAUGGAAGCACAAACAGUAUUUCUGGUCUCAGCAAAGGACAUUUGUCUCCAGAUCAUGAUAUUUAAACAGAAAUGUACGUCGCUAAUUUGUUUGCAGACAAACAGCACUUCUAUUAUCUCCAUAAUGUAAAGCUCUGCAAUAAGCACAUUGUCUAAUGUGACAUAUUCAGUUGUAUUGGUGCAGUUAUUCAGGUGGCAGCUGUCGAUUUGCUGUCUCUGCUGUUAGCCACUCAGCACUGUUAAGUCUAUUCUGUCGUGAGUGCAAUCACAAUUAAAAUGUCCCCAUGUUUGCUACAUUAGGCAAGUAAACACACCGCCUGACUUGGGAGACUAAAGCAGAUGUUCACUAUUGUCUUUUUAAAUGUGUUUUUUUCUAUUUUGCUCUUGAGCACUCAUUUGAUAUUUUUUCUAAACAUGAAAUGGUGACAAGUAGAAUGACACACUGGCACUUGUACCAACCAGCAUUUCCAUGUCAUUAGCAUCGUUUGUUAUUCUAAUAAUGAUUUUAUACUUUGUAUACCUGUCAUUUUCAAAUGGUUGUUUUCAAGCUUCUAAUCAGUCUUCAUAUAUUCUAAACUCUGCUGUAUAAGUAUUUUCUUACCUUGACAUGUGUACAGUGUUUAAUAUUAGACAUAUUUUUAUAACGCUAGUAAAUACGGUGGGCUACAUUUUGUUUUUUAAUACUAACUACUGUUUUCUAUCUUCCAAAUUGCUUACUGAGCAGCAUCCUUUUACAAUCAUGUUCAUCUAAAUAAAAGAUAAUGUUCUGAACAAAAA